UUGUUGGUGUGAAGUUGAAUGAUUUCUUUGAGUAUGUGUGGUUGUAAAAUGUGGUCUCGCUUGUGAGGACCAUUAUAUAAAAGGCGACCCAUCUCAGUAAUGUGAAGUGCAACCAUGAGUCCAUGCGUCUUUUCAAUCUUGGUGAUUUUGUGGCCGGUAAUGGCUGUGGAGCUGUCCACCUUGGAGGGCCAGCAGAUUCUCCAAGCCUUGCACUGUCCGCCCUGUGAACGCAUCCAUUGUUCCCCUCGUCAAGCGCUGAAGCUCCAGUGUCAGGGUGGAAUCGCCACUGGGAUCUGCGGUUGUUGUCCAGCCUGUGCCAAACUUGCGGGAGAGAGCUGUGGAGGCACCUGGGAUUACCUGGGGAAAUGCGAUGAAGGGCUGGUUUGCAUUUACCCAGAAGAAACUGAUGGAAAACCAGAGGCAGAACGCAAGGGAACCUGCAAAUCAGUGCUGGAGGUUCUCAAAGCCGACACUUGCAGACCUGAGUGCACACGGGAGUUCUGCAAGGCAAAUCCCAAUGAAAUAUGCUCAGCCAGGUCUGUAUCGCUGGAGAAGCGUGAGUGUGGAGGUCACUGCCAGCACACAACCUGCUCCAGCUGCUUGGUUCUCGAACCUCCAUCUUGUCCUCAGUCUUGUUCUCCAACAGAUCACGUGUGUCUGCAUCGCUUCGGCAGGUGUGUGCGAGGACACCUAACCCAAGAAAAACAACCACCCAUCUGCAACCAGAACCUACAGGUGCAUUUCAUUCCUGGAAUAACUCUGAGGGAUUCUUUGUGUGUUUGGCCCCUACCUGUCCAACUGCAGCCAACUGAUUCUACAUUUUAAGAGGAAUCCAAAUAAUGUAAUCCAGUUGUAAAAUGUAGCAUAAAAGGCAGCUAUUUUUAAUAAUGCAUUUCAUUACUAUUUAAAAAAAAAAAAAUGAAUGCUGUGAAAUUACUUGCAUUAUUCUUGUACAGCUUUUGUUUUACAAUCUAAAACAGUGUUUUUGUCAUUAA